AUGGCUGUUCAUCCUGAGCCUGGUUCUGCUGGAGGUUUCUUCCUUUCAAAGGGAGUUAUCGUCUCCACUGUCGCCUUAUGGAGAAUUUGUCUUGAGGUUCAGCCUUUAGUGAGGUUUCCCAGGACAGGUUGCCAUUGGAGAGGGAUCAGACUAAGAGCGAUUCAAGAUUUUCAGUGUAGGACUUCCAAAGGGAUCAGGAAUUUAAACGGCUGGACAGAUACGGCGGCCAGACGGCAGCUGGCCAUCGGCAUCAACGAGGUCACCAAGGCACUAGAGAGGAACCAGCUCCAGUUGCUGCUUGUUUGUAAGUCCGUCAGACCGCAGCUCAUGACGAACCACCUGAUCGCUCUGAGUGCAACAAGAGACGUGCCGGCCUGCCAGGUGCCCCGCCUGAGCAAGAGCGUGGCGGAGCACCUGGUGCUCCAAAGCGUCCUCGCUCUGGGAUUCAGACGGUGUUUUUCUGAACACAAGGAGAUGUUCAGAGACGUGGUGGAUGCCAUCAAACCCAGAGUGCCUUCCUUGGAAGUUGAUUGGCUGACAGAUGAAGCAGCUGCAGUGCCAGCUGAACUCACGGCUGACCUGGAAGAGGAAGAGGAGCAGAUGAAGGAGGGGAAGGAGGAAGAAGGUGGGAGAAGAGCAGAAAAACGGAAACUGGAGAUUGAAUCUGAAAUCACAGACUCUGCCUUAUCCUGCUCUCUGCGGCCUCUGAAAGUAAAGAGAAUUGUUCCAAACCCCGAUAAGAAAAGAAAAACAAAACUGAAGAAACAGAAAUGAAAUAUCUUCACCUGUUUCUUCUGUUGUUUUAUUUUUUUCAUAUUGUUGGAACUUUUACAGCCAUCAAAACAGCUUUAACUUUAUCAGUUUUGAUAAAAGUUUAGCUUUCAAUUAAGUGAUCUGAUCUUUUUACAGUUUUGUGAUAUAACAUUAUAGUUUUCAGCUGUAUUGUUGCGGCAUUUCUUCUUUCAUGAACCUUGUUUAUGAUGCUUAAAAGUUGUUCUGCAAAGUCUAAUAAAAAUACAGUUCUGUUCAAGUUAAGAACGGCUGCAUUGUGUUUUAUUUCUAAAGUUUUCUUGCAUGA